GGCGCCCCGCCAUGGCGAGCCCCGCACGCCCGCGGCAGGAGCUGGCGGCCGAGGAGCGGCGGCUCCGCGGCGCGGCCCCGACGGUGCCCCGCGACGGCAAGCGGGAGGCGGCGGGGGAGCGGCUGGUGCUGCUGGAGCUGCGCCGCUGCGGGCGGCCGCCGUCCCCCGGCCCCGGCGAGCGGCAGGAGGAGGGGGAGGAGGAGGAAGAAGAGGGGGAGGCGGCGGCGGGCGAAGAUUGUUGCGGCAAGUGCAAGAAGCGGGUGCAGUUCGCCGACUCGCUGGGGCUGAGCCUCGCCAGCGUCAAGCACUUCAGCGACGCCGAGGAGCCGCAGGUGCCGCCCGCCGCGCUGUCGCACCUGCAGAGCCCGCCGGGCGAGGAGCGGGACCCGCCGCCGCCCGGCGCCGACCCGCCGCCGUCCGCGCUGCUCCUGGUGCCCGACUUCCCCGACGGCGGGGAGCCCAGCGCCGAGCGGCUGCGGCGGCAGCGCGUCUGCCUGGAGCGCCUGGGGCGGCCCGCGGCGCCCACCGACGUGCGGGGCACGGUGCAAGUGCUGGGCGGCCCCGGCCCCAGGGAGGUGACGGUGCGCUACACCUUCAACGAGUGGCUCUCCUUCGUGGACGUCCCGGCCGCGCCCCUGCCCCCCGAGCCGCCGGCCGAGCGCUACGGCUUCACCCUGUGCGUCCCGCCGAGCCUGAGGGAGGGCUCGGCCCUGCACUUCGCCAUCCGCUACCGCAGCCCGCAGGGCGAGUUCUGGGACAACAACGGCGGCCGCAACUACACGCUGCGCUGCUGCGGCUGCCCCGGGGCCGGCCCCGCCGCCGCCCCGCCGGCCCCCGCCGCACCCCGCUACUGACCGGCCGGGCGAGGGGAGCCCAGGGGACACGGCCGGGCAGGGACGGGGGCAGGCGGCCGCACCCCGCGCCCGGAGUGAGGCCCGGCUCGGCAGGGAGACGGCCAGAGCGCCGAGGGCCCCGUCCCGGAGACUGCCCCAAGUCUGCUGGUUUUUAAGCAGGAGCUUCAGUUUCUGCCAGCGAAACAUGGAUGUGCGUAGGCUCGCAUUGCUGUGGUUUGUGGAAUUGUUCUCCUUUUUGGUUUUUGCCUUUUUUUUUUUUUUUUUUUUUUUUUUUUUUUUUUUUUUGAGAGAGAGAGAGCAAGGAGACUGAGUAGCGUGGGCUUUGCUUUUCCCCUCUUGAAGUGAAUUUUUGAGGUCUUGAUUUGGGCUUGACUCCACUUACCCGAUUAGUCAAGAGCACUCGUGUGAAAACUUGGUGGCGUGUUCGCUACAGAUUUAAUUUAGGAUCCCAGUUUUCCCGUUCUCAGAUCCAUUUGAAAGACAGUACUGCGACAGCAAUGGUGUGCUUUGUCCUUUUUUAGUUAUUUUGUUUGACUUCAAUGGACUCCGUAACAAUGCGAUUCACAGUUGUGAGCACCUGUCAAACCCGUGACAGGCUUGCGUGCCCGUCCCACCUUUGCCAUGGCUGCGGCAGUUCUGAGCAGCAGGCACUCUGUUUUGGGGCUGGAUCUGGGGCUGGACUGUGCUGCCCUGGUUUUUGUCACUCAACACACUUCGAUACCGCUCCCCAGGCUCGCAUGUAGAUCCCGUCUGGCUAAUAGCAGCCAACAGGGACUUGUGCAGAAAUGUUUUUGCUUAAAAUAGACUGAUGACUUCUUUUCACACAACUAACGAGUCUAAAACCGGGACGAAGGAGGAGUUAAAAUACUUGCUGAUGCUGUGUUUAUCAGGAGAACUUUGGUAACACCUUUGAGUCAUGCACUGUGAAGUGAAAGAUGGUGCCCGUCUCAUACACGGUUCUGUAUUUUCAGAUUUGGGUCUGGUUUGGAUGACCCAUCUCACUGAGGAGUGACGCUGCCAUACAGAGAGGGUGUCCGCAGUAACAAAUGGAAACAAGUGCCUUAGUUCAGCUCUCCUUAUGUUACAUUUUGCACCACAUUUCUCAAGUAUUUAUAAUUUAUUCAGCUUUUUUUGCUACAUAUUUUUCUGUAUUUGUAUGUUGCUGGGAAAGGACUUUGUUGUGCACACAGCUGGACUUCAUGGCGCUGGACACUUGAAUUGAUUUUAUAGUCUUCACUCUUGCACUGCAAGUCUAGAGGUUGACUACUACUGGGUGUCCCAACUCUUGAAAUUAAGCAAAAACUACCAAUGCAAAUGGGUUUGUAAGAAUAAAAAAAAAAAGUUUAAAAAAAAGCCAUAAAGCUCACCAUUACACUUACUUUCUUCCUUUUUUAAUUUUUUUUUUUUUUUCUAUUUAGCAAAAUGUAACAGCAGGCUUCACAGUUUUGCAACCUGUGGUGUGUGUGCCCUGACCAGGGAUGAUCCCAUCUGUCUGUAAGCGAUGUUUAGGGCUGUAGCUGAAAAUGACUGCUGUCCUGCCACAGCCGUGAGGCAAAUGACCCUGUAAGUCUGUGACAGGCAUCUUGAGCAGAGCUGUGCUGUGAGGAAGCUUUACUGGCAUGGGUGGAAAGUAGGUGGGUUUUGGUCAAGUUUUGUUGGGGCUCUUCUGCAACUUUGAUUCUUCUUGUUUUCUUUUGAUACAGUAUCUCAAAAUAUGGGUUAUUUUUGGUUAAUGAAGAACAAUUGCCAGAAUGCAGAAGAUGCCCUGAAAUGGAUGUAUGGUCUUCAGUAAGACCAUGGAAUGACAUUUUCCUUUUUCGAAACAGAGCAUAGUGCGAGAUUUCUCAGGCCUUCAUUUCCUCUGAAGAUGUAAAACAUCUUAAAGGCUAUCCUGACAACAUUAGAAAAAACAGCUUAUUGAUAAGAUUCCCCAUACUUGAGAAUAUUUUCAAGCCUACAUCUAACCUGCCUUUUGAGAUGGCUGGAACAGACCCAGAGCUAAAAGCAGGGAGUCUGUUGGGGGAAAGACGUGAAGCCGAGGGAACUUCAGACUAAAGGUGCUGCAGUUCUGCUCACAUGCGCACUGCUGCUGAAACACAGCCUGUCCUCCCUCCUCCCAAAAAAGCCUGUGCAUACAGCACAGUGUGAGAAUACAGCCAGGGACAAGGAGGUGUUUAAUUCCUUCAGAAACCAUUCUGCUGUUACACUGUAUCAGUUGCUUUGACAACGCACAGAGGGAGAGCUCUGUGCAGGCAAACAGAAGUUCCUGCUGUUGUCCUUCAAGUUACACGUGAACUCUCGCCAAAAAGGUUUAAAGGGAGAAUAGUGAACUCUGCUGUUUCCCUACACAAGUUUGUUUUAAAUCUGUCAUGCAUUACAGGAUUACAGGAUGUUACAUGGGAUAACCUGGUAUGAAUUAGCCUUUCUUCAGAUUGCUGCAUCAAUGAAAUAGUGUGCUCUUAAACUGAAAUAGUGUGCUCUCAGUGUAGUGUCAAGAUUGAUCCUUCAUUUAAGUACAAUAUAAUAUUUGGGAUUUCUGGAGCCCAUUCCUUAUUCUGUGCUGUGUUUAUUAGUUGCCUCAGAGAAGAAGAAAACAUCGCCAGAAAAAGGACUGGAGAGCUCUCUCCUUAACAGAAUUUAAAGGAGCAGCCAUGUUCUGAUGGCUGUGUCUGGGCAGAGGUGGUACCAUGAAGAAUCCUGGCUAGCUGUGCCUAGUGAUAGAGGCCUGGAAAUGUUCUCAGGUCCACUGUAAACAUCGAUAUCCAGAACAUGUGACAUUUCUGUGUGCUUUUCAGAUGUGUGACCUGAAAUUCAAAAUGCAGGAAAGUACUCGCUGAGGCUAGAUACUAAAAUCUUCUGAGUGCUUCAGAAAUUUGGUGCCAAUUGAAAAUCUUGCCAAUUGCGAUAAUUAAAGCACAACAUUUUUGUGCUUUGAUACCUGGUGAAGUGCUUUUAUUUGUUAUUAAGAAUUCUUUUUGUGAAAGGAAGGGGAAAACCUCUAGAUGGGAGUCAGACAUACUCACUUUUUGAUAGACAGUACAUUUCUGUGCUCUUAGGACUUUACAGAAGCAUAGAUUUACAAAGCAGGGUUCAAAGACAGUCUACUCACAAUUGUCUGUAUUUUCAUAGCUGGGGUUCCUGAGGGCUAUGGAAAUGUAAGGCUUUAUCAGAGAUUACACUGGGCAGCAGCUGUAAAAAUCCAACUGGACCAUGUGUGUACCAAAGGCUUGCAAGCCCACAUCAACAAACCCCAGGGCUCCUGCUCCUGGCCAUAGGUUGAGACACAUGGCAUAACUGCAACAUUAUUCUCAAAGGAAUGUAAUCAAAAUGUAGUUGUUUUAAUUCCAUUAAAAGCUCAAGGCCAGUAGAGUGAAAUGUUAGGUGAAGCACUCUUUCUGUUUGGUUGCAUUACUGUUAAUGUGUUUCAUAAAGAUUCAAAGCAUAACUUUUGGAAGAUGUUCUCAUAAACAUGUUCCCUCCCCUAACCUAAAUAAGAAAUUUAAGGUUUAUUGCACUUAUGGAAAAACUCCAGCUCCAAAGAUUUUUAUUCUAUGCAGAUUUCUGUUCCCCCACCGUGGAUUAAGGACUUAAGAGUAGGAAUAGCUGCCAAAUGGCUUUAUAGGUGUAUAUAAAUGAAGAAAGUUUAAUAUAGUUGAAACUCUGUAGGGGUAACUGUGAAGGACAUAAAAGGUAAAUCUUCCUUAAGCAAUUUUUUGCCAUGUACACUUACUUUUAAAUUCAGAUUUAAAUGAUUCAGGAAAGGGCUUUGAAGCUAAAUUUACUUUGGUGUCAUGAAGAUAUGUAAGCUUGCAUGAAAACUACUUCUGUUUUAUUUAAAAUUGGAGCUUUCAGUCAGUACUUGGAAAGUCUGGCUUCUGCUCCCAUUGGCUUCGCUGGGAUUUGGAUCCAGCCCAAAGUACUGCAGGAAGGUAAGGGAAAUGAUCUAGGUUUAAUUGUCCAUUCUGUUCAGAGUCUUAUGUUGUGGGGUUAGGAUAACAUGGCACUGUGAUGAAUGUUCAUCUGUCAAGAGUUCAAAAUCUGCUGUCUGUGCAUGGCAGUAAUUAAAUCACCUUAAUUGUUUUUUCAUGAUUCUUUCUGAGAGAGGGAAAAUUACUUGCCUUGGAUUAGCAUAUUGCCAAAGACUGUUAUAAAUAUUUAUGGGGGAGUACUCUUUCAAUAGAAAGCCUGUACAUUCUUCACAGGUCUCCAUAGUUCUUUUUCCUGAACACAGAAGAGUAGAUACUUUAAUGCACUAAUUACCACCAUCUCCCCCUCUUGCAAAGCUUCAGUAGAUACUGGUUUAACAGCAAAAAAGGUAAGUAGUUUAGAAAGAAGCAUCUCUUGCAAAACAUAUUUAAUUACCUCUGUAAGCUGUGGAAUCUUUUUGAAGGUGCAUAUGUUUAUGAAAUGGGUUUGUGAGUUACAAAUUUUUUCCUUCUACAGUUGUAGAAAAUACAUGGUUUUGGAAGAA